CUGAACCUUCUGGCUCGCCGUACACAGCUCGUAUUUGUCAAUGACACUCAUCUAGUCUUGCGGCACGGACAUCAACGGAAGCCAUGCAGUGUGUGCACCGUGUGUUGCUCGGGGUCAGAGGUGCUGUGGGCAAGGUCCAUGCAGGGUGUGCGUUCCAUUCAGGUGCUCCACGCCUUACGGUGGACAAGGCCUUGCUGGUCAAGAUGCGCAAAGCCACGGGAUAUUCAUUCAUCAACUGCAAAAAGGCCCUGGAGAAGUUCAGUAACGACAUGGCACAGGCUGAGAGCUGGUUACACGAACAGGCACAGAAGGAGGGCUGGAGCAAAGCAUCCAAGCUGAAGGGAAGGAAGACCUCUGAGGGGCUCAUUGGCCUCCUGUUGGGUGACAAGGCUGCCGUCAUGGUGGAGGUGAACUGUGAGACGGACUUCGUGGCUCGGAACAUCACAUUCCAGCAGCUGGUAAAGGAAGCCGCGCUGGCAAUGAUGGCUCUUCAUCUCCAGAGGAGGCAAAGUAGCCGACCCUGCUACACAAAGAGCGUCCUCAAUGGUGAAGACCUGGGGCAGCUAAAGUCGGCGUCGGAUGGGGCUCCCCUGGCCAACAAGUUGGCACUGGCGAUUGGAAAGCUGGGGGAGAACCUGGCACUGAAGAGAGCCGCAUUACUGGCAGUGCCCCCCGACUUCCACAUAGGCUCUUACGUCCAUGGCGCCCUGCCUAUCGAUGACCCCUCCCUAGAUGGGACGUCGUUUGGGAAGUAUGCUGCUCUGGUGGUCUGCCGCAGUAAGGAAGGUCGCGACGCCGAGCAGCUGGUGGAGGUGGGCCGCCGCCUUGGGCAGCACGUGGUGGGUGAGGCCCCCUCCUUCCUGGGAUGCCUGGAUGAUCUGCCCUGUGGGGAAACGGAGACGAGGAUGAUGGUCCAGUCCUUUCUCCCGGACCCCAGCCGGACUGUUGGCCAGUAUGUCCAGGAGAAAGCCGUCCGGGUGCUGGACUUCAUCCGCUUUGAGUGUGGAGAGAGCGAUCAUUCUGUGGAGCAGAGCUGAAUGGACCCUUAAUAUUUGGGGUGGGUGGUCUGGACGGGUAGGCGGGUGUUUUUGAAUGAAUAUUAUAAUAAAGUAAUCACUUGAUUUAAAAUUGA